AUGGCUUUACAUGUUCAUGGAUCUUCUAAUCCUUUAGGUAUAUCAGGAAAUAUGGAUAGAAUACCUAUGCAUAGUUAUUACUUAUUUAAAGAUUUAAUAACUGUAUUUGUAUUUUUAAUAAUAUUUAGUUUAUUUGUAUUCUUUUCACCUAAUACUAUGGGACAUCCUGAUAAUUAUAUACCAGGUAACCCUAUGGUAACACCUGCAUCUAUAGUACCAGAAUGA